AUGCCGGACGAAUCCACUUGCCGCUAUGUCGCCCUGAGCGACAGAAUAACUACAGAAGGAACGCCAGCAACGCCAGCAGCAGCAAAACAGAGGGCAGGAGCAACAGCAGCAGUAACGCAAGGGGAGCCGAGUCGCUGCAGCGGUCGUAUAGGGAGCGAUGCUUCUUCCGAUAUCAGCAGCAUCUCAUCACUAUCGGAUUUCUGCUUAACUGUUGAGCCUAAUGGCAUCUUCAGCUGCAGCAGCAACAGUGGUAGCCCUGUGCACUAUGGCAGCAGGGGAAGCGGAGACUUGGGGAGACGACGGCACAGCCACAGCAGCAACAGCCACUGCAGCAGCAGCAGCCAACGGACGAGGGCUACUUCAAGCUUGCCACAGGGCAGAGACGACGAGGGGACGGAGAGGUGCUCAAACUCUUCCUGGGUUUCUCUGCUUCUGCUGUGCCUAGCAGGUGUGGGGCCUCACCUCUUCCGUCACGCGCUUUCUGCUGCUGAGCUGCUGCUGCUGCAGCUGAGGUCGCUGCAGUACAGCCAGGAGGUCCACGGCACUGUGCUAGGGUGUCUGGAUGCGGGAGGUCUCGCUGCUGCUCCUGUUGCUGCUGUGUUAUAUCGAUCUCCCGAGGCUGCGCCUAGGGCGCUGUUCGUCGCAACUGCUGCAGCAUGGAUAGCUCAGCUUUGCGUUGCAGCUGCUUUCGCCGAAAACAGCUUGAUCUUAGCAGGGGCAGCAGCAGCUGCAGCAGGACUGGGUGGCGGUGUGGUUGUCGUGCUGCAGCGAGCCAUUGCUGCCUUCUUCUUUCCAACCUGGACAGCUGCAGCGAUGGCUGCCGCUGUCUGCGGCACGACGAUCGCAAAGCUGAUGGGCCGGCUGCUUCCCCUCGCUGCGGAAACAACAGCAGUAUACGUAAACCGCAGCAGCAGCAGCAAGUAUGUCGCCCUCAGCAGCAGUGACCAGCACUAUGGAGAAGACGGCGUGGAGACGCUUGCACUGAGGCUGCUGCUGCUGAUUUUAGCAGCUCUCAACGGAGCCCCUGUCAUUGCUGCUGCUCUGCUGCUUGCCCCCUUUUCCAAAAACAGACAGCAGCAACAACAGCAGCAACAGCAGCGGGAGCUCAUGCUGCAGGCAGCAACGGGCUCAUACGUUCCCCCUCGACUAGAGCUCGUGCAAGCAGACCAGACAGUGAUUUCUCGCCCAUGCAGAUAUGCAGGGAGAGUAGCUGCAGCAGCUGAAUCAGCCGCUGCAGCACCCGAAACAGCAGACAGAUCGGCACCAGGAAUAGGGGCACGAGCAGCAAGCUCUGAAUCAGGAGCGAAAACGCUGCUGCCUAGUGAGGGUGCUGGCGCCUUAGACGCAGCUCGGCAGCGACAGGCAAGGGAAGGUUUGCUGCAGCUGUGGAGCAGCAGCUGCUCUCUACAGUCUUGUGUUGAGCCCUGCACUACUGCGUGUCUAGAGGGCGCUGACCCUCAAAAUCUAUCCAAAAGCAGCCCCAGGACGACUGCAGCAGCAGCAGCAGCGGAAAGAACAACAAAAACGCCACCUGACUCUAAGUGGGCCUUGUUGAACUCCCACACAACACGUGAUUACGCUGUGCCCAAAGCAGCAGGAUCGAUGCGCGCAUUACCGCAGGCAGCAGUGCACUCAGCCCCAUCUGCACUUCACAGCAGCAGCGACCGCAGCCGCAGCAGCAACAGGCACAGCAGCAGUGAAGGGUUGAUGCAGCACAAAGGAGCGGAGCUUCCUCGUGCUGAUUCGCAAUACGUUGUGCAUGUUCUCACAGUGGAGAAAACGCAACACGACGAGCAGCAGCAAUGCCAGGACGAACACAACGAGGAAUACAGCAGUACCACAGGUGCGUCGCAAAAUGACCAUCAAAGAUGUAAUGGAUCUCCUGAGUCCCGAAACAACUUUGUAAGGUCUGGAGCAACAGGAGCAGCGGCCAGUCUUGCUGACGAAGCCUCUGCGGUAGCGCCAUUUCCUGAAGGCGCCACGAGUCCCAGCAGCAGUAGCUGCAAUCCAUGCAGCAGCAGCAGCAGCCUCUGCAGCAGCGUGUGCCACAGCAACCACAACAAAAGUGGCACUGGACUUGUAAAGACAACUGAAUUAGUGCCAGCAAAAGGCAGGGCACGGAAUGACAGCAGCUGCAGCAGUAGCGGCAACGGCUACAGUAGCUGCUGCAGUGCUCCAGUGAGAGUCUCCAACGAGCUCCGCAGUAGUAACAACAGUCGCAAAAGCGUUAACAGCCGCAGCAAUAACAGUAGCAGCAGCAGCGGUACAACUAGUAAUCGUACUAAUUCCAAUGCUAAGAGGCACAGUUUUGCCUCGGGUGACCGUUCAGCAGCAGCAGCAGCAGCACCGGUUGAAGAACCUGCUAGAACGGAGAGUCGUUCGAGCCAAACUUCGCUGUCGCUUCCGACAAAAGACAGUCCUGCUAUGCAAUUGUUGCUGCGUAAGUUCUCCACUUCACACUAUUGCACUGAUGCAACUGAACCUUCACAGGGGGCGACGCUGCCGGAGCAGCUGCAGCAGCAAGGAGUAAAGAGGCAGCAGGAGGGCCAACGCAGGUUAGGGCAUAACAAACAGAGCAUCGAGAAACAGAGCCGCCCGUCCACACCUAUGCUUGCUGCGGUUCGGAGGGGGGAUCGCCUAACAUCAGUCCCAACAAAUGCGGCAGGAGCAGCAACACGCCGACGUUGCGCUCAACGCGGCUGCCCCCGGUGCUGCUCCGGUGUGAGGACAACAUGGCGUCGACUGUCUUGUUGGACGAGAGGUUUGAGCAGAGAGUUUUGGGCCCUAGCUGCAGUGCAUGCGCUACUGCUUGCUGCUCUGCACUGCUUCAUGGCCUUUGCCUCUUCAAUAUUCUUUUCAGUUUACCAAGCUACGGCACUCAAAGCCAUCUUCCUGGGAGCAGUUGUUACACUAACAACAGUUUUUCUGCUGCCCCUCGUGGCCAUUGCAGUGGACCGACUUGGGGGAAGCCUGCCGCUGCUGCUGGGGGCAACGCUGCUGGUGUCUUUGGCUUUUUUGGGGACAAUAUCGUUGCAGCAACAACAGCAUCGGAACCACGAAAUGCAGCUGCACGAACACCAGCCAGCUACGCCGCUGCAGGAACAUCCAAAUACAGUGGUCCCACAGCAGAUGUUCCGUGCCGCAGUCGUUUCCUUGCCCACGCCAGCAGCUGCAAAUCUUCGUAGUGAUAUUUCGGGUGCAGCUUCGGUAAUCUCUGGUCUCGGAGUUGGGAACCUAGGGAGAAGCAGCGGCAAUGCCAACGAAGCGCAGGUGGCGGCAAACUGUCAGUCGUGGGGUAUCACGACAGCUCUGCUGCUCGGCGCUGCCGAAGCCAUCAUGCCCCCCGUACUGCUGGCCGCUAUCGCACAUUCAGUACGGCACACGCCUUCUGCUUUGGGCGUUGCCUUUGCAAUCGUAGAGGCGUCCAAAAGCGUCGCUGUGGGAUCAACCAUUUCCUGCUUUGGUUUUAUUGUGACCCGAACCGGACCAACAACAGUAUUCACCACGCCUGCAUCUUGCUCGCCGUCUAUAUUUCUGAGUUUCAGGUUCAUUUACUACGGGUCUUUGGCUUCUAGUGAGUUUGGUCGGCAUAUCUCAGCUGCUACUGCUGAUGUUGAUAAGUUGGAAAAAGCUGAGUAG